CCGUCCGUCCGGGGGGAGGUGUGGACGCAGCUCCAGCUUCUAACCUGAGAGGACCUCGGGCUUCCAGCCGGGCCCCCAGACACGUGGGGAUGAAACAGAACAGAGACCCAAAGCAUCCCCCCUCUCAGAGGAACAGUUCACCUCGACAGCCGGGGAGAGAGCCCGGAUGCGCAAGUUGGGGAAUGGCGGUCAAUGUGUAUUCUACCUCGAUAACCCAGGAGACUAUGAGCAGACAUGACAUCAUCGCAUGGGUCAAUGACAUCGUAUCUUUAAACUACACGAAAGUGGAACAGCUCUGCUCAGGCGCGGCCUAUUGCCAGUUCAUGGACAUGCUCUUUCCCGGCUGCAUCAGUUUGAAGAAAGUAAAAUUCCAGGCGAAGUUGGAGCACGAGUACAUUCACAAUUUCAAACUCCUGCAGGCGUCCUUCAAGCGGAUGAAUGUGGAUAAGGUGAUUCCGGUGGAGAAGCUAGUGAAAGGGCGCUUCCAGGACAACUUGGACUUCAUCCAGUGGUUCAAGAAGUUCUAUGACGCGAACUACGACGGCAAGGAAUAUGACCCCGUAGAAGCACGACAAGGGCAAGAUGCAAUUCCUCCCCCCGACCCCGGCGAACAGAUCUUCAACCUGCCAAAAAAGUCGCACCACGCCAACUCCCCCACCGCAGGUGCAGCUAAGUCCAGUCCAGCAUCUAAACCAGGCUCCACACCUUCUCGCCCCUCAUCAGCCAAAAGGGCUUCCUCCAGCGGCUCGGCAUCCAAAUCGGACAAAGAUUUGGAGACACAGGUCCUACAGCUUAAUGAACAGGUACACUCGUUGAAGCUGGCCCUGGAAGGCGUGGAGAAGGAGCGGGACUUCUACUUCGGGAAGCUGCGGGAGAUCGAGCUGCUCUGCCAGGAGCAGGGCCAGGAGAGCGACAGCCUCGUGCAGCGGCUGAUGGAGGUCCUCUACGCCUCCGACGAGCACGUGAGUGGGGGGCGCUCGCUGGGGGCUCACCGGACUCGGGGAGGACACCGCGCAGCCAGGGCCCCUGCGGUUCCC